UUAUCGAACGUAGGGCGAUAUAAAUGGUUUACAUUCAUCAGUGACAUCACGAGUUCGCGGCGGCUUCUCUUCUGUGAUGACCCUUAGCGGCAUCUUGAGAGAAAACAAUAACAUGCCGACACCCUUUGAGUCAGCCGCGCGGUUUCUUUCAUGUACGCGUAUCUAUAAACGGAAUUUGCGCAAGGUAUGUUUCGAAUCUAUAUAUGGAAUUAUUUUAGCCGGGAUGUAUUGGGUUCUCACGGGUUGGCGUGAGAAUUCUCAUUCACCUUGCAGAUUUUUUAGAGGAUGGACGUAGACAUUAUUCGGUGGCAAAUUAAUUUAUUGAGGAUAUAUGGUAGUCGAUAGCUACUAUACUUUGAUUCCACAUCGGUUUUUUACUUCAACUUAGUUCUUCGGAAUAAUUAUAUACGACGACGGGAUUUGGAAUUUUGUACAUUUGGAGUUCAUAAUUGGUUAACUUUAUAUUAACUUCAUAACUUCGUAAAUUGUAUCAUCGCAUCUGAAAUUAUAAUGCCGAAGGCUAAGCAGAAGUCCAAGCGGACAACUGUCGACCAGGCUGGGUACUCACGUCCACGGAGAACUGCAACUGCAACAGCUCCGCCUUCCCAGCCCGGAGCAGAGCCUCUCGUCCAGGCACCGCAGCCGAACCCCGGAGUGGAGCAGCGGGGACCUGGUCCAUCCGCAAGUUGCCAGUCAAGUACGAUCCUGCUCAUAGGCGAUUCCAUGAUCCACUGGCUAGCCGCCUUCGCGCAUCGUGAGGGAAAACAAGGUUUGGGGUCGUCAGCCAACGUCGUUUGGAGAGGAAGGAGGGGCCUUAAGCUAGGUCAAGUUAUUGGACAUGUCGAAUGGGUGCUGCCCGGUAUCCAGGUUUCCUCUCCGUCGCACAUCGUUCUGCACGGGGGAACAAACGACGUCGGGCGAGCUGAAAAACACGAAUUGUUCUCGCUUUUGGAUACAACGCUCGGACGAUUGCACGAACAUUUCCCCAAUGCCCUCAUUUGGUCGGAUAUUUUGCCGUGUAGGACCUACAGCGGCUUUAGUAAAGACGAGCAGCCCACAACUGAUCGGACGCGGCGAGCACUAAACAAGCACGCCAGGUGCAUAUGCCGCACGAUCGGGGGCAGUGCUUUGACUCACCUGGACAUCAGGCACGAGCGGCGCGAGCUGUUUAGGAGAGAUGGUAUUCAUCUCUCCGAGACCGGAAAUAAUAUGUUUCUUCAUAGCCUUAUUAAGGGGUCGGGAAACAUUGCAUAGAUUUUCGUGCAGUUUUUUUGAAGGGGUUUUGAUUUAUUGAAUGGUAUUCAUGAGCUUGGUCACAGUCUUGUCCAUAAGGUGUGUUUUUAAUUUAAUACCGUUUUCGGUAGAGAAUUUUUUCAAGUCAUAAUGAAACGUAGUAAUCACGUUUGUUCGGGUAAUUGGUCUAUUUAUAUUUAGCUCAAGCUUUGAAAUUACAAAACUCGUACGUUAUAGCAAAAGAGACUUAUCAGGCUAGUAGUUUUUAUUAAGAUGUGAAGUUGAUUUAUUUAAUGUACAUAUAUAUAUACGGUAUAUAUUUCCCCAUUUUGAUGUUUAAAGAUAGUUAUUAUGUUUCGGGUAAUUGGUUUAUUUAGCUCGAGUUUUAAAAGCAUAAAACUUUUACGUAACGCGAAAGAGAUUUAUUAGGCUAGUGGUUGCUAUUACCAUGUUAAGUUUAUGUACAUAUAUAUAUAUAUCCGCAUUUUGAUGCUGUGUAUUUUAGUUAAUGGAAAUUACAAAGCGUUUUCAUAAGCUUGGUCACAGUUGGGACCACGAACGUGUUUUUCAUUGAAGACUGCUUUUGGUUUAAAACGAAAGGUAGUUAUUAGGCUAUUUUGGUUAAUCGGUUGGUUUAGCUCAAGCUUCGAAAUCUCAAAACGUGGGUAUUGAAAAGAUAUUAUGGUAAUUGGUUGAACGCAUUAUGUUCAAGUUCAAGUUCGUGUACUUCGUACAUUUAUAUAUAUAUAUAUAGCCGUUUCGUGGCUUUGUUUUACUUUACUUACCGAUUAUUGCAGAGUGUUUUUCAUGAGCUUAGUCACAGUCGUGGCCAUAAAUGUGCUUCUAACUUAUUGUUUUUGGUUGGAAAUGAAAGGUAGUUAUCACGCUAUUUUGGUUAAUUGGUUGGAUUUAAUAUGUUCACGUUCAAGUUCGUGUAUUUAGUUCAUAUAUAUAUAUAUAUAGCCAUUCGUGGCUUUGUUUUACUAUAUUUACUGUUAUUGCAGAGUGUUUUCAUGAGCAUAGUCACAGUCGAGGUCAUAAAGGUGUUUUUAAUUUAUUGUUUUUGGUAGAAAACGAAAGGUAGUUAUCACGUUAUUUUGGUUUUGUGGUUGAUUUAGCUCAAGUUUCGAAAUCGCACAACGUUGGUAUUGAAACGAAAUUAAGGUAAUUGGUUGAAUUCCAUAUGUUCAAGUUCGUGUUCGCGUUUAAAACGCGUAGUGAAACGAAAGUAACCCAUUAGAAUUUAGGGUGAAAUCAACAUGUAAGUUUAUAUGCGUAAAUUAUGUGAUAAAAAUAUGUACGCUCAGUGGCGGCGGGCGGUGCCCGUGUGGCGGAAAUUGGCAUUUUUGCCUCUUCGCAUAUAUAUAUAUAUAUAUGUGUAUGCGUAUAUAUGUUAAUAUAUACAUAUAAAGGUUAUUAUGUGUAUUACACACUGCUGCAAAAUACCUCAUGGGAAGGUUGUGUUUUUGAGAAUAUGAAUUAGAUUAUUUUAAUUGGCCAUUGUAUCGGCAGAGCUCAAUAUUUAUUGGUUUCCGGUUGGGGCCCCGAUGAUAACAGGCAUUUCGUCCUGUCGUUUAUUUAUAACAUGUACCCGCCUGUAAAGUAGGCAUCUGUUCGCCUGUUUAAUGCAGUGGAACUGUGUGUCUUCUUGUAUGCAGAGGGGUGUUAUACGUAUAGCCCACUUUGUGGUACUCACAGUUAAAUCCAUAUGAGAAAGUAAACUCUGUUCGCCCUCUUUAAUGAGGAAACAGUGUCGCCUUUUUACGGGCUGUGGGGGGUUGUACACAAGUUCUCGUCUGUUAGUGCCCCUGAUGCAGAGAGUACUUUGGAUUGGACAUGCCGGCUCCAUCCAGUUUUU